AACUGCACUUAAUGCACAUAUGCUCGAGCAACUACAGUUACAUGACUUGGCAACACAAGAUAUGAUCAAUCAAAUGGCUAGAUAUUACAUGUUUUGGAUGAUUGCUGGUAUGAUGAUGGCAGAUACAUCUGGCAACUAUUUAAAGCUUAUGUUCCUUCUUAUGCUCGAGGAUCUCAGUGUAGUUAGCUCUUAUAGUUAGGGUAGUGCAACCUUAGCGUGCUUGUAUCGCUUUCUCUGUAAGGCUUCACAGAGUAACCAAAAUGAGAUAGCUGGAUUUCUACCACUACUCCAGGGGUCCACGUGCUACUAGAUGGUUUGCACAUUUUAGUUGGACUGAUACCACUAAGCAUGUGUUGAAAGUUUUUAGGGAUGCACUUGAUUCCAUGACAGAGGAUCAGUUUAUUUGGGAACCAUAUUCGGAUGACUUAAUUGAGAAUCUUCCUGACUAUUGUCGAAUUGGACGAGACAUAUGGCGUGUUAGAGCUCCAAUUUUUUGUUGGGAUGUCGUCGAGGUUCACUUGCUUGAUCGAGUUAUGAGACAAUUUGGAUUGAAACAAACGAUACCAACUCCAUUUCUAUUUGACGCCACACAUUUUCACCAUGAUCGUAAGGGCAGACCAAAUACAAAUUGGAAGUUGGAGCAUGCACAACGGUUGCCUUUUUGGUACCAACGACUUCAAUAUAUUUGUGAUGCACCGUUCAAUCGUGAACCACUUCGAUAUGAUGACCCUUACCUUAUUUGGUUCAGACGCAUUACUCGUCUUGUUAUCGGUAAUCCUACUCAGCGUCCUCAACAACAAGAACGUUAUGUACCAAAUUCAACGGCAUAUGAAACAAUGAAUCGAAAAUGCUUGUUAGAAAAAGAAUUGAUCUUUGUGUAUGUGCGUCAUAUUCAUUCCAUGGUUGAUAGAGCGAGAGCACUUGGUGAUCAGCCAUCAAUGGAGAAUUUAUACAUAUUUCGUGCAAUGGUCCGGAAUGAAGGAGAAAAAUGCUUGACAUAUGUGCACGAGGCUGAUAGGAUUAAUGUACAAGCCGAUUAUAGAAGAGAUGAGGUACAUGAUGAUCAUUUACAUUCCCCUGUUCGUAGGCGAGGAAAAGGUGGUGUUGCUGAUAGGAUGGCUCAUGUUGUUGAGAAAGGAUUUCAUUCUGAAUUUACAGGAUUAGAUGUGAUUGGAUUCUCAAUAAACGUUAUUGAUUUCAUUCUGAAUUUACAGGAUUGGAUGUGA